CUACGAUACCAGGUCGACUCCACACUUUCGGACAAGAACUACAACUCAGCAAAGUCGAGAAUUUCUGGAAUUGCUUAAAAAGUUUUUGGAUUUUUACCACACGUUUUAGGUAGUCCGAUAUUCUUGGCAUGGAGAAGCUCUUUUUAAGGUGUUUUAUGGUGUUUGUUGUGUGUUGUUGGCUCCCAACGGUGCACGGUCAUGGUAGGCUUAUAGAACCUCCAAUGCGCUCGGCUGCUUGGAGGUACGGAUUUCCAACGCCGAAAAAUUAUAACGACAACGAGCUUAACUGUGGCGGAUUUCCGAACAUGAUGCGUCAAGGCGGACGGUGCGGGCCAUGCGGCGACCCCUGGCAGGGUCCUCGCGAAAACGAGGCUGGCGGGAAAUACUCCAUAGGAAUGAUCACGAGAAAGUACGCAUCUGGUCAGACCAUCAACAUCACGGUCCAACUGACCAGCAACCAUAAAGGCUACUUUGAAUUUCGAUUAUGUCCAAACAACAACGGUCAAUUACGUGUGACACAGCAGUGUUUUGACCAAUACCUGUUGAGGAUCGUGGGGCUAGGUACCAAGUACCACAUAGACGCCCCCGACUCUAAUGUGUUUAUUGACCUCCUGCUGGAACUACCCCCGGGCGUCAGCUGUACUAACUGUGUCCUUCAGUGGAAGUGGCGCGCAGCACAAAACCGUGGUCCUGACGGCAAGGGUGGAGAAUGUUUUGGUUGUGGACCGCAGGAAUACUUUAUCAAUUGUGCAGAUGUAUCUAUUAGCCCCUACCAGACCUCGCCCCUUCCCCUAUCCCGUACCUUGUCCGGCGGGGCUGUGGUCAGGUUCAAGGCACUCAAACCGGAAGUUUCAAGCGCCAUAUCAUACGAAGUUAAGUCCUCCAGCAAGAACACGGCGGCUCUCUACAGCGCUCCUUCGCGCCCGGCAGAUCCUGCCCCAGCACCGACUCCAACACAAAACAUGUUCACGCAAAUUUCUCGCGAGGUCUUCCCUGCUGGAUAUGGAAUACAUAGUACCAGUAUGCAGAGUAUGUUUAGAAAUAUGUUCGACGGCGAUAUGGGCUAUAUGAAUAUGGCGAUGAGACCUGUUCGACCACAGCCCGCACCACCUACCACACCCAAACCCCGACCCCAGGUUCACUAUUCCCGGGCCUCACAGGCCUCGGCACAGUCUGCGACCGUUAAGCUACCAACCGACCCCCGCGCACUAACCGCUACCAUACUGUCAUACGCCAACAACGUACCGGACGGAAAUGAUAACGCUAACUUUGAGGUAUGCCCAGACGGUUACACAAAACCCACGUGCUCUUCACUUCCGACUUGGAACAAAUUGCCCGCCAUAGGGAAAUGGUGUCAGUCCAUGUGCCCGUCCGGAGUCUGUCCUAUCGCCAUUUGUGGAUGCACGUGCCCUAUAAACGUCCUUCAGCAGUUGAAUCCUAACUACUUAGAUAUGAACAGUAGGUGUAGAGGUAUUCCGGGAUGGACGGACGCUGCCAUGGACUCGUGGUGCGCAACCAACUGCAACUCCGAGUUCUGUGCGUCUGAAAUGUGUACAUGUGAGUGAGGUGGGGAUCCCCACACGGAUAUUUCACCAUGGGAGAUUCCUGUGGAUGUGUACUUUCUACGCAAAUACGGAAACAAAAUGCCGAAUGUAACGAGAACUUGUAAAAACGUCAGGCUGUCAAAAACGUGACAUAUAUGAUACAGAGAUAAAUCUAGAUGGUAGUGACACGUUUCUACGUAUUUAUAACACAUAUCGUGCUGUGUUACAUUUUAGAACUACAGAAAGUCGCAAAAAUAACGUAGAUCGGCUUGAAAAUCGUAAUUUUAGAUGUAUGGUAGAUGUGGAACUCAGUGACGGAAACUUACGGUCUUAAGGACGACCAAUAGAAAUCCUACCGAUCUUUAUAUAUUUAUAUAUAUUUAUCGAAAUAUUUGCAAAUACAAAUGAACGACGAGAAAAGACCUACACGUACUUACUCCGUUUGUACAUAAAAUACCAAGACCAAAUAUUGGAAGGAUUUCGGCCACCCUCAUAACGGGGACAGGUAUGCCACAUGGUAAAAUGAACGUGUUGGCAUGUGUUGGAACGAAAGUCAGAUUGGAACCAUCCUCGAUACUCCAGGGAUUACGCUCACUUUCGCUCUCUGCACCCCAUGAAUAUGUCAUUGCAAAAUCGAAGGCUUCGUGUGUACCACCUUGUGGAUGAGACGAUAAGACAUCAGAAGUGUCUCUCGGCCGUGUAACUGUUAAACUGACUGGAUUUAAAGUCGGGUGUCACUCCUCUCUAACCAUGAAAGAACUGGUAAACAACCUAGCGAUUGGUCUUUUUUUCUACCCGAGACCAAUCAAACAGCUUUCUUCGUGCCUUCAAUUUUAUUACGACAUAUUCCAGGGGUGCAGAAGGCUUUGAAAGUGAGUAUCGAGGACAGAUUGGAACAUGAAAUCUUACGAGAUAUGAAUAACUACUUGUUAGUUUGGUAUCAUAAGUAUACAAUUGUUUCAUGGCUAUUUGGGGAACAGUCAAAACUAUCAUCCCGAGGUAUUUUUGACUGUUUUAAUAAAAAUUCUCUGGAAAAGACUGAAAACCUAGCGGCCUCGGGCAAACAGUUCCCAGGGCUUCCCCCUCCCGAGGGAUGAUUUGUUUUGACUGUUCCCCAAAUAGCAUUGAAACAAUUGUGUUAUUACCAAAUACAUAUUAGUAUCAAUGAUGCAUGCGAUGCCAUUGCUUCAGCACUGAGUCGCGCUCACCGAAACGCUUGAACGGGGGCUCUCGUGGGGGUAUUUCUGCGCAUCUAAUUAGCGCCGGGUAACAGUUCACUCUGACCUGGAAAACAGGUUUGAUUGUUUCACCCCUACAGCCGAAAUUGGACAAAAGCCAAGAAACAGUCAAAAAUUAUUACCCAAUAGACAAUAUUAAU